AUGACUCCUUUCAUGGCCCAGCCCUGUCCCCCGCCCUCUACUGGCCCCGCACACCGGCCCCCUGGGGAGCAGCACCUGCCGCCCCCCAGGACCCCGUCCUUCCCCCCUGGCCGCCCCCUGGUGCUGCCGGCUUGGCCCAGGACACCUCUGGUGGCAGGAGAUGCUGGUCAAGGCCCCGUUGGGACUGGGGCUGAGAACAUCAUGGACCAGGUCAGGUCAGAAGGGGGACGACCACAGCCCUCCCUGACUCAGACCAUUGUCCUGACUCAGGCCCCCCUCUACGGGAGUGCUCCAGGUGCCAUCUGUGGGGGUGCUGUGUGUCCUGCACCCCUCUUCUUGGAAGCCUCUGCAGUGGAGACGAUUAUGCCCACCUCGGCUUUUGGGGGCGCCCAGGCCGGCGAUGGAGGCUGGUGUCCUGGCCUUCCUCCUCAAGCUCCACCGCCAGCUGCCCAGCUAGCCCCCAUUGUCCCCUCUGUGAAUGCUGGGGCUUUGAGGAAGGGUGGCCUGGCCGCCUCCCAGUCCAGGGCCUCGCUGGAGGACUCCUGUAACCCCAACAGUGUGUACAAAAAUUUCCGACGUUGGCAGCGCUUCAAGGCCCUGGCCCGGCAGCACCUUCCCCAGAGUCCUGAUGCGGAAGCUCUUUCCUGCUUCCUCAUCCCAGUGCUCCGGUCCCUGUCCCGUCUGAAGCCAACCAUGACGUUGGAGGAGGGAAUGUGGCGGGCCAUGCAGGAAUGGCAGCACAAGAGCAACUUUGACCGGAUGAUCUAUUACGAGAUGGCAGAAAAGUUCAUGGAGUUUGAGGCAGAGGAGCAGAUGCAGAUUCAGAAGUUGCAGUUGAAGAAGGGUGUGCAGAUCCAGCCUCCUCCUGCCGCACAGAGACCUGAUCCUCAGGGGCCCCCAGCCCCAGUGGUGGGCGCGCAGCCAGGUACGCUAUGCACCCCCAGGAAGGCUAUACCCAGCGCCCAGAACAUCCAAAGAUACCAACGACCUCAGGAGACCAAGUCACCUAAUGAGAUCCCCCCGGAGGCUGUGAGAGAAUACAUGGACAUCAUGGACAAUCUGCUGGGACUGCCCCACUCAGCCACAGAGGCACCAGGUGAAGGAUGGGAAGAUGAAGUAAAGGAGUGGCUGCAGGAUGAGGGUCUCCUGAGCUACCUGGACCAGCUGUGCUCCCAGGAAGACUUUGUCACCCAGGUGGAGGCAGUCAUCCACCCCCAAUUCAUGGAACAAAUAAUUUCCCCAGAUGCACAGCAGGAUCCCUUGGCCCUGGCUGAGGAGUUGGAGCAGGAAGAAGGGCUCACUGCUGCCCAGCUGGUAGAGAAGCGACUCCUGGCCUCCAAGGAGGGGGGUGUGCAGGCACCCCCGAGUCACGGUGCUCCCCUGUGGGACUCAAGUCCUUCUGAGUCUGAGACAGGCCAAGAUGCCCAGAGGUGUGACCAUGGCCCUCAGCUGGGGGUCAGUGACAAAGCCUGUCCACCAGAGACUGACUUCCAGGAUCAUCAAAGGCCCCAGGCUUUUUCUGUCUCUUCGGGGCGUGAGGAGCACCCACCAUUCCAGGCUCAAUGCUCCUCUGCUCCUCCCCAGGGCCACGUACCUGCUUACUCUGCACUGGGACCCAGGGAUGCCUGUGUUCCCAGAGAGGCCUCUCUUGUCAGGGAGACUCUCGGGACAGACAGGUUCAGUGAGGACGAGGAGGACCUCCCCAGCCUGGCCUUCCUCUUGGGCUCUCCUAAUAGCCUGCUGCCGUGUGGGCUCUCUCUGAGUCCUGUUCCUGCCUCGGGCCUUGCCUGCCCUGGAGGUCGGGGUCCCCGGGGCGCUGCCCAGUCCCAGUUCUUUCAGACACUAGGCCUCAGCCGAGCUUCACCUGCAGCUUCCAAAUCUCGGAAGCGUGCUCUGGGAGGAGGCCCCACCCAUGCGGAGAAGACCCCCCGCACAGGGGCCGACCUGGGGGUCUGUGGGAGGCCAGCACUGGCUCUGGAGCUGGUUUGCUCCUCACAGCCUCACAAGAAAAAGUGUGACCUGGUCACAGGGAGGAGUAAUAAGUGA